CACCGCCGCCUGUUGCAGUUCAGACUCCAGCUGCUGCUGCCACUGCAUGCCGCAUGCACUACACAAUUUGGCUAAUUCAGAGGAAAAAGUCUACUGUUCAAAAGCACAUUUCCAACUUAACGUUAGACCUCUAGCUUACUUCUAGUUUUGAUACCUUAGCUUGGGAUCAGGAUGAGCAGUGAUAUUUCCUCUGUGUCCGGGGCAGGGGGUGUAGCCCCUUCCGUCCUUCAGAUCAAAACUCGUCAUCUCAAUCGACCUCCAACCCCGGAGACAAUGAUAACAGAUCGACCAAAUGACCCAGAUGUCAGCAUAUUCUGUGAGAAGUGCCAUGAAUACUUCAAUGUAAGAUCCACUCAAGAACACAGGAGCUUCCACAAUGCUCUCGUUGUGCUUGGAUAUAGCGGCAAGGAACAACCCGAAGGUGUGAAGGGGCUCCUCAAAAAAAGACAGGAGCUCAUGAAAGAUCUAAACAAGAAGAGCAAUCCCAAAAGACCUGUAUCCUUGAACAGAUUACAGAAGAUCAAUGAGGCUUUUGAGCUAGUGAAAUCCCAUUUUGAGGAAACCUAUGAAAAAUUGAUCCACAUUAAAGAAAACCCUGUCUAUGACUGCAAAGGAAUAUCGCUGAACUGUAGUGCUCCUUGCGUAAGAGCAGUAGGCAUUUGCUCCGACGAUAAUAGUCGUUGGAAAUCAAAGAUGGAGGAUACGCGAGUAUUCCAAGAUUACUAUGGCAACGAUGUCAACAAAUGCUUCUUUGGUAUUUAUGAUGGAUAUAAUGGUAGGUUUGCAGCAGACAUAGCUGCCAAUGACCUCCAUCAUGUCUUCCUUAGUGAGCUUCAGAAGGUGGAUGAACGAGUUUCCUGUACUUGCGCUGUAAAUCUUGCAGAUAACAAUGAUCUGACAGACUAUGAGCUUGAGAGAGGAUCUCCUAUCGUACGGAGUGAUAGCAUCCGUCACAUAUUGCAUGAAGAGAGCAUCAACAUCAUUCAACAGAUCAUGCACACCUGUGAGAGUAAUCUGAUGAAGAUGAGCGACAUUGUAAGUCAGGAAUCAGUGGGUGAUUGGCCAACGCGAAAGAAGAAAAAUCGAGAUCCAGAGUUUGAGAAGGUUUCCCAGGCAUACCACAUGUCAUAUCUUUACCUUGACCGGUAUCUUUCUUAUGGAAUUAAUGAAACUUCACUGGUUCGCUGGAGUGGCUGUUCAGCCCUGUCUCUCCUCAUCAAUAGCAAGGAACAACUGGAGGCUGAAAAUCCAGGAAAUAAAGAUGAAAACACUCAAACUGAUGAUGGGGCAAAAGAUGAAAAGAAAGAUAGAGAGACGGAGGCUACAGAGAAAGAAGAGAAAGGAGAUUCUGAAGAGGGUCAGGAAAAAGAGAGCAAUGGAAGUGAAGUACACUUGGAAGAGCUUGGUGUCUUGCACAUUGCUAAUGCUGGUAAUACCCAAGCAGUCCUGUGUAGAGCUGGAAAAGCAUAUCAUCUAACCAGAGAUCACACCCCUGGAAACCCACAGGAGAGAACACGUGUAGAGAAGGCAGGCUCAUCAGUCCAUGCAGGGGGUCCAAAUGGGCGUGUCAAUGGCAUCCUGGACACUACAAGGGGUCUAGGUAACUAUGGAGAUCCCCAUCUUAAGAAAGCAGUCAUUCCUGAACCAUACACAACCAGUGUCAAGAUCGACCAGCAUGCUCAGUUCAUUGUCAUGGCAUCAUGUGGCUUAUGGGAUGUAUUGACCGAUGAUGACGUCCUCUCAUUGGUCAAGCAGACCCUUGCCAUCCACCAGUCACGGACACAGGCAGAAAACGUUCCUGAUGAAUAUGAGGGCUACAGUAGGUCAGAUGUUACAACAUAUGGUGAGGAUUACCUCGGCGAGUCGUUUGCGACAGGGCUGAGUGCCAGUUAUGAGCAGACAGGAUUUGACAACACAGUAACAUCCGUCAUUGACAUAGAUGCGGCUGAGGGAGAUGAGGCAAAUUUACAGAAAAAACAUUUUCUGAAUCCCCUUCCAUCAUUAAAGGAGGAUGCUGAUGACGAAGAUGAUGGCGAUGAUGAAGCUAAUAGCAAAUCAGAGAUAACCUGGAAUGAACCUCUGACUGAUAAAGGUGCUGAGGAUCACCAGGAAGCACCUUCUAAUGAAGGCAAGAGCCAGAAUAACGGUAUCCGGGUCGAAGGGGUCGCUGAAGACGUAAAAGCAGAGAUUGAAGAGGAGACGGUGCCAGACAUGAAAAACUACAAGGAAGAGUUCAAUGACAAUGCAAGCACAAAGACAGACUUUGAGAGCAUGCUGUCAGCGCUAUGUGACGAUGGAAACGAGGCAGACAUCGAAACGCUGACAGAGCUGCACACCUUUUAUGCAAAGUCUCGUCUGUCAGAAGGACUGGGCAUUGUAGAUAAGAAGGAGGAGUAUAGAUUAGCUGCUGAAAUGAUCAGCGAGAGACUAGUUCAGAGUGCUUUGAUGGCUGGUUCCAGGGAUAAUAUCACUGCUAUGGUAAUUCUGCUUCAUGGCUGCCAGCUGUGAAAUAGUCAGAACUAUGAAGUCUUUCUCAAAAAGGCAUUUUGACCUUAUAAGGAAAUAUCCAAUGUUCAUUAUCAGGUUUUGGUUUUAAUCCAAUAAAGGCAAAACGAAUUUGUAUAUAUAUAGUAUACACAGAAGACUAAAUAUGAUUGUACAGACUAUAUGUUGCAUGAAUUUAGAUGAUAUAUUUAGAAUAGUUGGUUUUUAAUUCAAUAUAGUUGAUAGACUUGUAGCUACAUGUACAUUGAGUAUAUUCAUAUUUGUAGUUGCAUUGUACUGUAGCAUUUCCUAUAGAUAUAUAUGAUGUAUGUCAAAGUAUUACAUUUCGUGAAGAAAUUAAGUGAAACGGUCAUGACCAAGGUAAAGUGUUGCGAUGAAGUUGAACAAGUUCCCUUUUAAAAACCAAGGAUUAGAUUGUUGGAGAUAGGAGAAGGAGUGUAGAAAUGUGCUAUGAACAGGCAGACGGAUGCCUACGGUAUAUACCGCAGGUUUAGGUCAUGUGUAUCUAAUGGUAUGUACACUGUACAUACAAAUUCUGAAAUUCAAUUUCGGGGUAAAAUUUCUGAACUCCUGGGUUUGUUUUCUGAAAAACGAUGUAAUCUUUUGUGUUCGGGAAAACAAUGUUGGUUGUCAUAACAAAAUUAAAUUGCACAGAACAAAUACUUGACAUAUGUGCUUGAUCAGAUAUCUCUAAACUUUAUACCAACGCAGCCAGCUUUGUGCAGACAUUAACCAAUGACUUGUCCUAACGUUGAUGUGACAAAUUACAUUGUUGUACUAAUUUAACAGAUAACAUUGUUUUCAGAAUACCACUCCUGAAAUUACACUACAGAAGAACAUGAUAGUGUUGAUUUACUGUAGCUGGUAUGGUAUGCAGCCAUCGCUACUCAAGUUUAUUGUAUUCCGUGAAUUUCCGUCCAUGAUAUUAUCAGUAUUCAUGCCAUCCUAUGACUUUCGGGUGUUUAAUGUGCAAAUUAUGAAAAUAUGCAAGUUAUAAAGUUAUCCAAAAUAUGUAUAUUCACAUUUAUUGAACUAUGUUAUUUCUAUUUUUGUAGAUUAUUGUACAUUCUGUCUACAGUAUGUUCAAAUGCAUAGAUUUUCUAUUUUUACUAGCCCAGAUUUUUUAUUUAAUUAAUCGGUUUAUUGCUAAUGAUUUUGAUAAAUGACAUCCAUUGUACAUCUUAAGAGUUCCCCUUAAUGUUUGAUAUUCUGUUUUCAAACAAUAAUCCUAUAAUUGAAAAAAGUAGUUGUAAAAAAGUAGUAACAAGGAUUCUUGUCAUUUUAUCAUUUUAUAUUUCAAAAAUAAACUAUAUAAAGCUUUAUGUACCUUAAAAUAAUCAGACGUUGCUUGUAAGUUACAUGAAGGUGGACAGUGAUUUAUAGUGGCACUCUUAAUCCUGAUGCUUCAAAAACUAGAAUGUGGGUAACAACAAUCAAUUGAAAUUUCAUGUAUGUAAGAAGAAAAACCAUGCAUCACAUUAAACUGCCAGUUAGGGGCUCAAAAUGGCCAGUCAGUGCCAGUAUUUUUCAGGAGGCAUAGGUCUACAUGCAUCUACAUGUACAUGCAAAUGCUAAAAAAAAGGGUUUUAUUUAA